AUGCCUCCUCGAAAGAGGCAACGCCCCAAUCCCACUCUACUGAGCUCGCUGAGCUUGCCAACCACAGCUUUGUCGCCUGAGACGUCACUGUCACGAGCGUCAUCUACCUCGGCGCAGCAAGCUAGCGACCAGAAAAAGCCUCCACAACCCGAAUCCAACAGCGAACGCAAGUCUUCUGAUGCAUCACAAAGAGUGAAGGAGACGAAUAGCUGGUACGCAUCGUGGUCGAAGCCGCCAAAGGCAACGGCCUCGACAUCGGUUGCUCGGGAGAAUAUUCUCGGAGGCACCGUUAGAACAAGGAAUGCGCCCGACUUUUCUCGAUUUGAAGCAAAACGAAGCGAAGACGACGCCAGCAUGCCCGACGACGCCGACCCAGUCCUGCCACCCCCUACAAUAGCAACCAACACCUCCAACACCUCGAGCACCUCGAAUACGGACAAAAAAUCAGAUGCGAAUAAAAGUGUAGUCUCUUUACGUACCGGGGACAAGAAGCCCUUGGAUACAGGGCGCCCACAGGAGAUACCCUCACCUCCCGAGACAAAGCCACCCCCUGAGCAGCAGCAGAAAGCCUCGGAUAAUACAAAGGCGCAAGAACAACGACCGGAGUUAGAGGCUCCCGCCGACAAAGAUGACCAAACACAUGAUGCUUCGCAGAAGCAAGUCCCUUCAGCUGGGUGGUUCGGCGGCUGGUGGGCCAAACCUGCUCCGGUUGAGCCUGCUGCAAAACCUAUACCAGGCUCUCAGGAAACAAAGGAAGAAGCUAUGAAGCCCGCCGAAACAAUCGAGCCUGCCGAGGCAGCCCCACCCCCGGAGCAAGCACCUGCUUCUGAGCCUCCGGCAACCGAGGAGGCUGCAGAAGCUCCACAAGCAGCCUCUUGGUUUGGCUAUUGGUAUUCAACUCCUCAGCCCAAAGCAAAUGCAUCAAAGAUCAACCUCAAUGAAGAUCCAAAGGCAAAGGCUGGAGAUGUGCCGACCCCAGAUGUCUCUCAACCUGAGCCGGUGGCGGCCCAGAGCACACCACCCAAAGCAGGCUCUACUUGGGCUUUUUGGUCAAGAGACAGCCCGAAGAUUAAAAGCAAGACUUCCUUACCAGAGUCGGGGCAAAUUGCUGUGAUGGGAGAGGGGUCAGAGGUCCAGCCGCUACCUAUGGCAGAAAGAAGAAUCUCCGAGUCGGCGACCAAGGACCCCAAAGAUAAUACUCCACCAACGGAGCCACCAGCAGGUGUAUUGUCUUGGCGCAGAAGCAAGCGAAUUAGACCUAUAUCAAUGGAUCUUGAAUCUGUACGCCCACCAUCCGCGGACAGCGCCAAAUCAGCGCCCGUCGACCGGCUUUCCACUACUCCCCAUUCACAAGUUGGCCCUGAACAGGAGCUGCCUCCCUCGAAGCCACUGGCUAGGACAGAUUCCAAGAAAAAGAAACCAGUGCCGGUAUCGAAGAAAUCAACGGCCGAAAGCGAGCCUAUCGCAAAGGAACCGCCCAACGUUCUCCUCCCAUCAUUUUCUAGCACAUAUCAGAUGAAGGAAAACCCUUCAAUCCUUCGACAGAUUACAAAUCUAGUGCUUCGAACUUCACAACCGCCUCCCAAUCACGUUUUUCGGGUCAAUGACCCCCCGAAGAUCCGCAAGGCCGUUGCCAUUGGAGUUCACGGAUUUUUCCCUGCUUCAUAUUUGCGUCCCAUGAUAGGCCAACCGACAGGUACAUCGUUGCGAUUUGUAGGGCUUUGUGCUGAUGCCAUUCGAAAAUGGGCUGAGAGCCAUGGCUGUUCUGAUUGCGAGAUUGAAAAAGUUGCCCUUGAAGGGGAGGGUAGAAUUAACGAUAGGGUGGCAAACCUGUGGAAGCUUCUUUUGAAUUGGAUUGAGCAUAUCCGCCAGGCCGAUUUGGUUGUCAUCGCUUGUCACUCCCAGGGAGUGCCGGUCAGCAUCAUGCUGCUAGAGAAAUUGAUCGAUCUCGGGGUUCUAACAGAUACCAAAAUCGGUGUCUGUGCUAUGGCUGGCGUGGCGCUUGGCCCUUUCCCCGACUACAAAUCCAGUAUACUUAUGGGCUCAGCAGCAGAGCUAUGGGAAUUUGGAGAUCCCCAGAGCAACAACUCACAACGAUUCGAGGCAUGUCUCAAGCGCGUUGUUGACUUUGGAGCGCGCAUUACGUUUGUGGGUAGUAUUGAUGAUCAGCUUUCUGCUGUAUACUCACCUGCAAACCACCCUUACAUAUAUCGAGCCGUUUUCAUUGAUGGUCGAGUGCAUGCUCCGGAUUUCAUAUCGCACCUGAUUGGAUUCGCACUUAAACUACGCAAUCUAGGAAUAUCCGACCAUGGGCUCAUCCGUGAGCUGUCUGUGGCCCUUGCUGGAUCGCUGUACUCGGGAGAAGGCCACUCACGCCUGUAUUUCGACUCAGCUGUAUAUGAUCUCGCCAUCACACACGCCCUGGAAACGACAAACACAGCACAGCCAACGCCCUGCUUGAUCCCCAAGCGAGAUACGACGCCAUUGGCAUCGUCAAACCCAUAUGUCCUGCCAUGGAUCAUGCGUGGUCUUUUAGAAGAGGAUUUCGUCAAGACGCAGCUCAGCGCUGAAACCGAGGAACUACUGCGGCAAUUCGACGACUGGAAGCCAACCAACAAAGCCCUCAAGGACGUAAAGUACCGUCUCGAGGCCGUUCGUUCCAAAUUAUGA